CAGGAAGUAAGGCCAGCUUUGGGCAGAGAUGCUCGUCGCGUGGAAGGCAUUUUGGGCCUCCGCAAGAUUCUAAUUAGCUUGUCACUCUGGCUUGCAAGCUUCCAGGAAAUUAGAAAGUGGAGAGGGGUGGAAGGAUCAGGAAUAGAAGAUGAACAAACACAUAACAUCUUCAACAUAUGUGCGCUGCCUCAGUGUUGGACUAAUUAGGAAGCUGUCAGAUUUUAUUGAUCCUCAAGAAGGAUGGAAGAAGUUAGCGGUAGCUAUUAAAAAACCAUCUGGUGAUGAUAGAUACAAUCAAUUUCACAUAAGGAGAUUUGAAGCAUUACUUCAAACUGGAAAAAGUCCCACUUGUGAAUUACUGUUUGACUGGGGCACCACAAAUUGCACAGUUGGUGAUCUUGUGGAUCUUUUGAUUCAAAAUGAGUUUUUUGCCCCAGCAAGUCUUUUGCUACCAGAUGCUGUUCCCAAAACGGUUAAUACACUACCUUCUAAAGAAGCUGUAACGGUUCAGCAGAAACAGAUGCCUCUAUAUGGUAAAGACAGGACAUUUGUGUUACCUGUGCAGAAUCUUGAACAAAACUAUAUGCCACCUGACUCCUCAAGUCCAGAAAAUACAAGUUUAGAAGAUAGCGAUACACGUUUUCACAGUUUUUCAUUUUAUGAAUUGAAGAAUGUCACCAAUAACUUUGACGAAAGACCCAUUUCUCUCGGUGGCAACAAGAUGGGAGAGGGAGGAUUUGGAGUUGUAUAUAAAGGCUAUGUGAACAACAAAACUGUAGCAGUGAAGAAACUUGCAGCGAUGGUUGACAUUAGUACUGAAGAACUGAAACAGCAGUUUGAUCAAGAAAUAAAAGUUAUGGCAAAGUGUCAACAUGAGAACUUAGUAGAACUGCUUGGUUUCUCAAGUGAUGGAGAUGACCUCUGCUUAGUAUAUGUUUAUAUGCCCAAUGGCUCAUUGCUAGACAGGCUGUCUUGCUUGGAUGAUACUCCACCACUUCCUUGGCACAUGAGAUGCAAGAUUGCUCAAGGUGCAGCUAAUGGCAUCAGUUUUUUACAUGAAAACCAUCAUAUUCAUAGAGACAUUAAAAGCGCAAAUAUCUUACUAGAUGAAGACUUUACAGCCAAAAUAUCUGACUUUGGGCUUGCACGGGCUUCUGAGAAGUUGGCCCAGACAGUUAUGACUAGCAGAAUUGUGGGAACAACAGCUUAUAUGGCACCUGAGGCUUUACGAGGAGAAAUAACACCCAAAUCUGACAUCUACAGCUUUGGUGUGGUUUUAUUAGAAAUAAUAACUGGACUUCCAGCUGUAGAUGAACACCGUGAGCCUCAGUUAUUGCUAGAUAUUAAAGAAGAAAUUGAAGAUGAAGAGACGACGAUUGAAGACUAUGUUGAUACGAAGAUGAAUGACACUGAUCCCACUUCCAUUGAAACUAUGUACUCUGUUGCUAGUCAAUGCUUGCAUGAAAAGAAAAAUAAGAGACCAGACAUUAAGAAGGUUCAACAGCUGCUGCAAGACAUGACAGCUUCUUAAAAUUUUACUGGAAUAGACUCUUGAUUUUUUUUGUAUACACCUAUCUAAACCAUUUUUUAAACUAAAUUUUUUUUGUAAACAUUCUUUUUUACCUUUAACAAGGCAGCAUGGAGCAGUGCAGUGACUAUAUUAAAGCUUGUAUAGAACUACCAACAAAUAUAGAACAAACAAAAGUAGAGCCAUGAUAUCGACCCUAAGCCCUAGCUUGUUAGAACCCUCAGUUCUUUAGUAAUCCCUUAGACCUUUCCUUGGAACCUCACCAAACACGGUUUGAAAACUAUAGAAUUGGGGCGCCUGGGUGGCUCAGUCAUUGAGCGUCUGCCUUCGGCUCAGGUCAUGAUCCCAGGGUCCUGAGAUCGAGCCCCGCCUCAGGCUCCCUGCUCAGUGGGAAGCCAGCUUCUCCCUCUCCCACUCUCCCUGCUUGUGUUCCCUCUCUCGCUGUGUCUCUAUCAAAUAAAUAAAUAAAAUCUUUAAAAAAAAAAAAAAAGUAAAAGAAAACUAUAGAAUUAGCAACAAAGAGGACUGGACCAUAGGGUGAAAAGACCCUCGGCCAAAGCCCAGUUCUACUACUAAUUUGCUGUAGAGCUUUGGGCAAGCCCUGUAUAGCUUUAAGCCUUGGUUUUUUUCCACUGGUAACAUUGGGCUAAUAUCUAUUGUGCUUCUCUGACAGGUAGUCAUGAAAAUCAGAUGAGGCAGCAUAGGUACAUGCACUUUGUAAUAUGUAAAGUGAUAUAAAAUUUAAAAUUUAUAUACAAUCCAAUUACAGUCAUUUGUAUAUAGGAUCAUGUUUGCAGUAUGCUAUUUUAAGCAAUCAUUCACCACUAACCAAAUAUGCCCUGAUGUUACUUCCAUGAUGAUAUGGUCAAUAUUAGAUUAUGUUACAUGGCAAAAUUGAAGGAAUUUUGCAGAUGUUGUUAAAGUCCCUAAUCUGCUGACUUUGAGUAUCAACUGAGAGACUGUGCUAGGUGGGCCUGCCCUAAUAAGGUGAGUUCUUACAAGAAGCCUGAGAGAUUGUCCCGUGGGCCUUGAAGAAGUAAGCUACCAUGUUGUAAGAAGGCCACAUUGGCUAAGACUUAAGGGUGGCCUUCUAGGUUGAGAGCCACCUUCCAGCUGUUAGCCAUCAAUAAAAAAACUGGGACCUGGGUUGUAUAACCACAAGAAACAGAAUUCUUCUAGAAAGAACAACUGUUUUUCUUCCCAUAUUUCUGACCCACUGCUUUGCUCGCUAGCCAAUGAAAAAUUUUUUAUUUUAAAUUUCUCUCAAUAUGUUCUAUGGGAACCAAGCAGGUAAUAGGAACAAUUAAUAAAUGAUAUGCCUUACUUUUCUAAAAUAUAAUUAAGAGAAAUUUAAGAUAUUCUGAAGCAUUUAUUGCUCUAUCCACUUUCUGGUUCUGUAACCGUAUAAAAUGGCCAUAGAUCUCAGCCAUCUGUAGUCCUUUUUAUUCACUUUCAGAACACAAGCGUACUCAGAUACGUACAGUUCAGUUCCAGACCACCACAAUAAAAUGAGUAUCACAAUAAAGUGAGUCAAAUAAAUUUUUUGGUUUGCCAAUGCAUAUAAAAGUUAUGUUUACACUAUACUAUAGUCUAUUAACUGUGCAAUAACAUAUGUCUAAAAAAUAAUGUACAUACCUUAAUUUAAAGAUACUUUGUUACUAGAAAAUGCUGAGUAUCCUCUGAGCUCUCAGGGAGCUCUUUGCUGGUGAAGGGUCUCUACUCCACGUUGAUGGCUGCUGAGUGAUCAGGGAGGGUGGUGGUUGCUGAAGGCUGGGGUGGCUGUGGUAAUUUCUUAAGUGAAGUUUUUCCCAUCAAUUGACUCUUCCUUUCACAAACAAUUUCUCUGUAGCAUGCAAUGCUGCUUCAUAGCAUUUUACCUACAGUAGAACUUUUUUUCAAAAUUGGAAUCAAUCCUCUCAUACCCUGCCACUGCUUUAUCAAUUAUGCAGUAUUCUAAAUGUUUUGUUGUCAUUUCGGCGAUCUUCACAGCAUCUUCACCAGGAGUAGAUUCCAUUCUCAAGAAACCACUUUCUCCACUCUUCCCAACUCCUCAUUUGUUGAAGUUUUAUCAUGAGAUUGCAGAAAUUUAGUCACAACUUAAGACUCUACUUCUAAUUCUAGUUCUCUUGCUCUUUCCACCACUGAAGUCUUUCCUUCCACUUCCUCCACUGAAGUCUUAAACCCCCCAAAGUCAUCUGUGAGGGUUGGAAUCAACUUUCUUCAUAUCAGAAAUAAGACUGUUUCCCUUUCUUAUCAGUCAUGUGUUCACUAUAGUAGAACUUUUAAUUUACAUUCACAACCUAGCUAAUUAUUUGGUGCAAGAGUCCUAGCUUUUGGUUUAUAUCAGCUUUUGACAAGCCUUCCUCACUAGAAAUCAUUUCUAGCCUUUGAUUUAAAGUGAGAGAGGGGGCGCCUGGGUGGCUCAGUUGGUUGGGCGACUGCCUUCGGCUCAGGUCAUGAUCCUGGAGUCCCGGGAUCGAGUCCCGCAUCGGGCUCCCUGCUCGGCAGGGAGUCUGCUUCUCCCUCUGACUCUCCUCCCUCUCAUGCUCUCUGUCUCUCAUUCUCUCUGUCUCAAAUAAAUAAAUAAAAUCUUUAAGAAAAAAAAAAAUAAAGUGAGAGAGGUGUGACUCUUCCUUUCACCUGAAUAGAGGCCAUUGUAGGGUUGUUAAUGUGCCUAACUUCAAUAUUGUUGGGUCUCAGAGAUUAGGGAGGUGUGAGAAGGAGAGAGAUGGGGGGGAACAGUAGGUCAGGAGAGCUGUCAGAGCACACACAUUUAUCGGUAAGUUCCUGUCUUAUAUGGGCACUGUGCUUGGUGCCCCAAAACAAUGACAGUCAUUUAACAUCAAAGGCCACUGACCAUGGAUCACCAUAACAAAUAUACUAAUAGUUAAAAGUUUGAAAUAUUGCAAGAAUUACCAAAAUGUGGCAUAGAGACACAAAGUGCGCAAAUGCUGUUGGAAAAAUGGUGCCAAUAGACCUGCUCAACCCAGGGAUGCCAUAAAUCUUCAAUUUACAAAAGCUACAGUAUCUGCAAAGUGAAAUCCAGUGAUUUAUGCCUGUGUGUAUGUAUUUUAUUUUUUUCCAGCUUUAUUGUGGUAUAAUUGACAAUUAAAAUUAUAUUUACUUCA